AUGUCAAGUGCAUUUGAAAAAGUUAUUAUCAGCAUUGAAAUUGUAGAAAUCCUGAUAGGUAUCUGGGGAAAUGGAUUCAUUUUCCUAGUAAUCUGUGCUGACUGGAUCAAAACCAAGAAAAUCACCUUGCUUGACUUUAUCUUAAUGUGCUUGGCUGUCUCCAGGAUUGGUGUGAUAUACCUGCUUCUUCAAGACAGUAUCAUAAUAGUGUUCUAUCCAAAACUAUAUGAAACCAACCUAAUGGUAGCAAUAACUCUUGGUUUCUUAUGGAGUCUGAACAACUCCUUGGGCACCUGGUGUGCUACCUGCCUAAGUGUCUACUACUUCCUCAAACUUUCCAAUUUUUCCCAUCCCUUCUUUCUCUGGCUGAAGUGGAGAAGAGAUAGAGUUGUUUUCACCAUUCUAUUUGGGUUCUUUUUCUCUUUCUUGGCUAAUCUUCUGAACAUAAAAUGGAAUACUGUUUGGGUGCAUGAAUAUCUAAAAAUGGAAAGGAAUCUGACCUUGAAAGCAUGGCUGAAUGAAAACCCAAGUUUCGACCAUCAGAUUUUCCUGAACUGGGAUUGCUUCAUCCCCUUUGUUGUGUCAGUCAUUUCAUUUUUCCUGUUAAUCUUUUCCUUAUGGAGACAUAUCAGACAGAUGAUGCAUCACACCACAGGAUCUGGACACCUCAACAUAGAGGUUCAUGUAAGAGCCAGAAAUACGAUGAUUUCUUUCAUCCUUCUCUUAGUGGUGCAUUAUUUGGCUAGUUUCUUGGUAAUGUGGUGCUAUGCCAAACUGGACAACACAGUGAGUGUGAUUAUUGCUGAGAUGGUAGCAUUGUUCUAUCCUUCAAUUCACCCCUUCAAUAUGAUUUUGGGGAACAGAAAAAUGAGACAGACUUUCGUGAAUGUGCUUAAGCAAAUGGAAUCUUACAUCAAGGGAUUGUAA